CUACAAUUGGGUGUCCGUGUCAGGCGAGUGGGUACACGUGCUGGUACUCUCACUCUCACUCUCACUCUCCGACUCUGUUUCCGACGAUGAUCGGCGGAGAGAAACUCCACCAGGUCUAAAAAUUAUCCUCUGUUGCUCUCCUUUGCUAAAGCACAGUGUUCUUCUCGCCGACAGUUUCUCGAGAAACGAUCACCGGCGUUGCAAAUGUAGUCAUGCAUUUUUCAAGCAACAGAAAGAUAUUAGCUGCUGAAAAUUCACCAAUGAUGAAUAACUCAUCUCAGAACAAUUCAUUUCCCCAUGGAAGGCAAGGAGUGCAAAAUGGAGCUGUAGCUUUAGCUGCCCACCAAGCCAAGCAAGACAGGCAGGAUGCUUUACGGGAGACGGGUUUGGAAGUGAAACAGCAUGAAGAUAAUAUCAAGUUCUUAAAAUCAAAGAUGAACAUGCUGGAUGAUUCAAUUGUAGAUCAUCAAGUUGCAUUAGGAAAAUAUCAUUCAGCAAGUGUACCUACCAUGGUAACCAAUGACCUUUCUCAUCCACGUUGCCAAGAGAAGAUGUUUGAACGUAUAUUAAGGCAUGAGAGAUCUGCUGCCGCCAUUGUGUGCCAACUGAAAGCCCUCGAGGGAACUCAGACUUAUAAUCGCCCACUAUCAAGUGAUGUGCUUGGUAUUGUAGCUACACUGGGAACUGUUGCUGAUGAUAACCUCAGCUGGAUUCUCUCUGAUUACCUGGGGUCAGAGACCAUGUUAGCAGUUGUUUGCAAGACCUAUGAUGGUAUUAAAGAACUGGAAAAAUACAACCAUGAUGGCUUCAUAAAUAAAAGUUCUGGUCUUCAUGGUCUUGGAACAUCUACUGGGAUGCCUCUGGAUGGAAGGUUUCUUGCUAUCUGCCUUGAGAGCCUAAGUCCAUAUGCUGGCAAUUUCAUAGUUGAUGACCCUGAAAAGAGGCUUGAUCUUCAAAAGCCAAGAUUACCUAGUGGGGAAACGCCACCUGGUUUUCUUGGGUUUGCUGUAAAUAUGAUUGAUGUUGAUGGCAAAAAUUUGUACUGUGUUACAAGCAGUGGUUGUGGCCUAAGAGAGACUCUCUUCUAUAGUCUCUUUUCAAGCUUGCAAGUGUACAAAACAAGGACGGAGAUGCUAAUGGCUAUGCCUUGUAUAAGCAAUGGAGCCGUUUCUUUGGAUGGUGGAAUGAUAAAAAGCACUGGCAUCUAUUCCCUGGGCAAUAGGGAAGUAGAUGUGGAAUUUCCAAAAACCAUGGGAACUUGGAAGCUGCCUGAGACCUAUGUUGGCAUUGAAACCAGACUAAAAGAGAUGAGAUGGAUGAAAGAAAGAACCUCGGAAGAAUUGCACAGAGAACAAGCAUUGUUGGAGCAUGCCAGGCACAACUUUGAAAAAAAGAAGCAAGCAUUUCUCAAAAACCUUGUGGCGUGCUCAUCCUACACAAAUCAGAAGUUUGGGAAGUUACGUGAAAUGAGUCUCAAAGAUUAUGAAAUACUUAUCAACGACUCCGAAUUGAGGGCAAAAGAAUAUAAAAUCCUUAUGAAGGAGACUUCGACAAUGACGGUGGAGCAGCGUAAUGUUCAUCUCUUUCUAUGUAACAAGAUUAGGAAGUAUUGGGGAGUGUAGUAUUCAUUAUAAAUUAUUAUAAUAAUUAAUAAAUUUAUGUGGAGUAUGUAGAGCAUAUAGACAUUCACAUACAAUGGUGAGAGAGUGUAUUGGGGAUGUAUUGAAUAUUGAUCAUUGAGGUGGAAAAUACUAUGUGGAUUCUUAUUGUC